AUGACUAACCUUUGGAGUAUUUCAUUCAAACACUGUAAGUUAAUUGUGUCCUCAUCGCUAGAGGCCGUCUCUGAGAUACCCGAUGGGGCCCGAAUCAUGGUCGGCGGUUUCGGUCUGUGCGGCAUUCCCGAGAACAGCCUCCGCACGCUGGCCGGUCUCCAUCGAAAGAACCUCACCAUCAUCGCCGGCACUGGGGGCGUAGAUGGAAAGGCCUUGGGACUGUUGUUGGCCGAUAAUGCCGUCCGUCGGGUGGUGGCUAGCUACGUGGGCGAAAACAAACUGCUCGAGAAACAGUACUGGACCGGACAACUGGAGAUUGAGUUUGUGCCACAAGGCACGCUGGCAGAGAGGAUUCGCGCUAGAGCCGCCGGCAUUCCUGCCUUCUACACGCCCACCGGCUUUGGCACGCAAAUUCACCAGGGCGGCGCCCCGCUUCGGCACGACGCCCAGGGCGCAGUGGUGGAGGUGAGCCCGCCGAAGGAAGAGCGCAAUUUUGCCGACAAGCACUACGUCCUCGAGGAGGCCAUCCAGGCGGACUAUGGGCUGAUAAAGGCGUGGAAGGCAGACCGCUUGGGGAACAUUGUCUUCCGGAAGACGGCCAACAACUUCAAUGAGCCGAUGUGCAAGGCGGCAGACCGGGCCAUCGUCGAGGUAGAGGAGAUUGUGGACGUCGGUCAGCUGGACCCGGACGGCAUUCACGUGCCCUCCGUGUACGUGCACUCCUUCUACAAGGGCGAGUCCUGGGAGAGGCUGAUUGAGCGGGUGAAAGUGAAGCAAGAAGAGGGGAAAACUUCGGUGCCGGCGUCGGCGGCCGGCGAAUCUUCCUCGCCAGGGGAGAGCAGCCGAAUUCGCAUCGCCAAGCGUGCCGCUCUCGAGGUGACCAAUGGAAUGUACGUCAACCUGGGCAUUGGCAUACCCGUCCUGGUCAGCAGCUACAUUCCCCGAGACGUGCAGGUGACCUUCCACUCGGAGAAUGGCCUCCUCGGCAUGGGCGGCUAUCCCACUAAAGAGCAGCUGGACCCUGAUCUGACAAACGCGGCAAAAGAGAGCAUCACAGCACUGCCCGGCGCCUCCUACUUUGCCUCCGAUGAGUCUUUUGCCAUUAUACGCGGCGGGCAUCUAGCAGUGACAAUGCUCGGCGCAAUGCAGGUUUCUCAGUACGGCGACCUAGCGAAUUGGAUGAUUCCAGGAAAGUUGAUCAAGGGCAUGGGAGGUGCAAUGGACCUGGUGUCCUCGCACGAGUCAGGCACCAGGGUGAUCGUCACCACUGAACACAACAGCAACAAGGGAGAGCCAAAGAUUGUCCAGCAGUGUAACCUCCCGCUGACUGGCUAUCGCUGCGCGGACAUGAUCAUCACAGACAAGGCCGUCUUCAGCGUCAACCCCACGGAAGGUUUGACACUUCUCGAAUUGGCGCCCGACCAGACACUGCAAACCAUUACUGAGGCAACAGGGGCCAAGUUUAAAGUGGCUUCUGAUUUGAAGGAAAUGCAACAAGUUCAGCUGUGA